AUGCCUUGCAUGAUCUCUUGCUGCAGAGCCACGAGCCCCUUGUUGUCUCGCGAGGCUGUUCUCUCCGUCUCCACCGCCACCAGCGACCGCCCGUCACGGCCCAGCAGGGCUGACCUGCACGGUGGGGAAAGAGGGGAAGAAACGGAGGAAAUACAAAAAAGGGAGGGGAGGAGGGGGCUGGAGGAGAAGGCGGGAGCGGGGGAGGAGAAGGGGGAAGAGGGGGGGGAGAAGGGCGAAGUGGGGGAGGAGAAGGGGGAAGUGGGGGAGGAGAAGGGGGAAGGGGGGGAGGAGAAGGGGGAAGGGGGGGAGGAGAAGGGGGGAGGGGGGGAGGAAAAGGGGGGCAAUACGCAUCUUCAGGUUAGAUCAAGGCGACGACGAACCUGUUAG